AUGAGCUCGAAAAUGUUAAGAACCGCAGCCCGUGCUGCUCGUAACGCCAGAAUUGCUACUGCUCCUUCUGAGAAGAGAGCUUUCUCUGCCCUUGCCAAGGCUGCCAUUGCUCGUCCUACCAUUGCUGCUACCACUCGUGUUGCUUCGGGUGUUGCUUCUGUUGAGGCUCGUCGUGGUCUUAAACAAAUCAACUUCGGUGGUACUGAGGAGACUGUUUACGAGAGAGCUGACUGGCCUCGUGAGAAGCUUUUGGACUACUUCAAGAACGACACCUUGGCUCUUAUUGGUUACGGAUCUCAAGGUCACGGUCAAGGUCUUAACCUCCGUGACAAUGGUCUUAACGUCAUUGUUGGUGUCCGUAAGGAUGGUGCUUCUUGGCAACAAGCUAUUGACGACGGUUGGGUCCCUGGUACCAACCUUUUCGACGUCAAUGAGGCCAUUAACAAGGGUACUAUUGUUAUGAACUUGCUCUCUGAUGCCGCUCAAUCUGAGACCUGGCCUCAAAUCAAGCCUCUUCUUACUGAGGGUAAGACUCUUUACUUCUCACACGGUUUCUCUCCUGUUUUCAAGGACUUGACCAAGGUUGACACUCCUAAGAACAUUGACGUUAUUCUUGUCGCUCCUAAGGGUUCUGGCCGUACUGUUCGUACUCUUUUCAAGGAGGGUCGUGGUAUCAACUCUUCUUACGCUGUCUGGCAAGACGUUACUGGCAAGGCCGAGGAGAAGGCUCAAGCCCUUGCUGUCGCCGUUGGUUCUGGUUAUGUUUACAAGACCACUUUCGAGAGAGAGGUCCACUCUGACCUUUACGGUGAGAGAGGUUGUUUGAUGGGUGGUAUCCAUGGUAUGUUCCUUGCUCAAUACGAGGUUCUCCGUGAGCGUGGCCACUCUCCUUCUGAGGCUUUCAACGAGACUGUUGAGGAGGCCACCCAAUCUCUUUACCCCUUGAUUGGUAAGUACGGUAUGGACUACAUGUACGACGCCUGUUCUACUACCGCCAGACGUGGUGCCCUUGACUGGUCCCCCAGAUUCAAGGACGCCCUCAAGCCCGUCUUCAACCAACUCUACGACUCUGUCCUUGAUGGUUCCGAGACCAAGAGAUCGCUCGAAUUCAACUCUCAAAAGGACUACCGUGAGAAGUUCGAGAAGGAGCUCCAAGAGAUCCGCGACCUUGAGAUCUGGCGCGUUGGUAAGGAGGUUCGUAAGCUCCGUCCUGAGAACAACUAA